AUGGCUCACACGAGGAGGAGGUUGUGGCUGACCUGCACAAGCCCCGGCCUUACACCCCCAGCCCCUGGGGUGACUUCUUCCUCAACCACAACCCAUGCACUCAAUCACAGAAAUUCCUUACAUAGUUCAAAUCUUAAGGAUACAUGCAAGUGUUUGGCUAUGAAGCACAUGGCAACUAUCAAGAAGGAACGAGUGAGAAAGAUCAUCUUGGAUACCAAAUCUUCCUCCGAUUUAGUUGUGAAGAUGGAGCUUAUUGACACACUGGAACGAAUAGGUGUGGCCUAUCACUACCGCGAAGAUAUCAAUGAAAUACUAUGUGACAUGCAUGGUGAUGGACAAGGCAUUGGUGACGACCUCCAUAUGACAGCGAUGCGGUUCUACUUGUUGAGGAAGCAUGGGUACCACACCUCUCAGGGUAUAAUUACAGUCACGAUUGUUAAUCCCUACAUACAUAUUUUUAAAUCAAUUAUUAGAUAUAUGAUAGGUUUACUUGCUCACGCAGAUGUGUUUCUGAAGUUCAGAGAUGACCAAGGAAACUUUGCUAGCAAUGAUCUGGACUCGUUAUUGGCAUUGUAUAAUGCAGCGUAUCUUAGGGUUCGUGGGGAAGAAGUGCUUGAUGACGCAGUUGUUUUCACCAAGAGCCGUCUACAAUGUAUGUUGGAACAUCUAGACCCGCGGUUGGUAGAAGAGGUCCAGUGUACAUUGGAAACACCCCAUUUCAGGAGAGUCGAAAGAGUGGAAACGAGACGUUACAUCCCGGUGUAUGAGCAGAAGGCUACUCGAGAUGAGCACAUAUUAGAAUUUUCUAAGUUGGACUUCAACAUUUUGCAAACUCUUUAUUGCCAGGAGUUGAAAGCUCUUACGAUUUGGUGGAAAGACUUUCAAGCACAGACAGAUCUACAGUUUGCACGAGAUAGAAUGGUGGAGAUUCAUUUUUGGAUGCUUGGAGUUGUCUAUGAGCCGCAAUAUUCCUACUCACGUAUAAUGUUGACAAAAUUGGUCAUAUUUGUGUCAUUAUUUGAUGACCUCUAUGAUAACUAUAGCACCACUGAAGAAAGCAACAUCUUCACUGCAGCCUUGGAAAGGUGGGAUGAAGAAGCCGUGGAACAAUUCCCAGCAUACUUGAAGGCAUUAUACAUCAAUAUACUUAACACUACAAAUGUUAUUGAUGAAGAGUUGAAGCAUCAGAAAAACAUGCAUACUGGAUUGGCAAAAAAAAUGGUAAUUGACAUUGCCAAAAGCUAUCACGCGGAGGUGAAAUGGCGGGAUGAGCACUACAUACCAACUAGUGUUGAAGAGCAUCUACAAAUUUCAGUGCGCACCAGCGCUUGUAUGCAAAUAAUAAGCCUUGUGUUCAUCUCAAUGGGUGAUAUAACUACAAGCGAGGUUCUUGAGUGGGCUUCUACCUAUCCAAAAAUUAUCGAAUGUGUAUGUAUUGUCGGGCGUAUUGGCAAUGACAUGGUGUCACAUGAGCGUGAGCAACUAUCAGAGCAUGUGGCAUCCACAGUACAAACUUGUACAAAAGAGCAUGGGAUCACGGUGGUAGAAGCCAAUGAGAAGCUUAAGGUAAUAAUUGAAGAAGCAUGGAUGGACAUAAUCCACGAAUGCCUCCAUAGAGAACAUCCAAUGACACUUCUAGAGAAGGCGACUGAUCUUGCCCGGACAAUGGAUUUCAUGUACAAGCGUGAAGAUGCAUACACCCUAUCGUUUAGUCUCAAAGAGACCUUAACUUCACUUUAUGUGAAUUUCAUAUGA